GGUAAUUAAACAAAGAAAAAGGUCCGGUAUUCGUAACGCAUAAACUUUCAUUCUGUUUGCUUUAAACGGUGAAAGCUGAAGGUAGCGGGAACGACAACUGCGUGAAGCUUCCGCUUUGUGUCCACUACUUUCUCUCUCUAACAGGAUUUGUAGUUUGAUUUCUCUGCAUCAAGUUUACAGAUCAGUUCAGGUCGCAACAAUGACACCACCAGUUGAGACUGAGACACUACCACUUGAGACUGAGACACUACCACUUGAGACACCACCAAUUGUGACACCACCAACAGUGACACCGCCAAUUGUGACACCAUCACCAUCAAAUGAGACACCGAAUAAACCUGCCAACUCCCAUCAUCAUUCACAUCCUCCUCUUAACGAAAGAAUACUUUCAUCCAUAAGGAGAAGGUCAGCUGCUUCUCAUCCUUGGCAUGAUCUUGAAAUAGGACCGGGAGCACCAAAAAUAUUCAACUGUGUGAUUGAAAUUAGCAAGGGAAGCAAGGUAAAAUACGAGCUUGACAAAAAAACAGGACUGAUUAAGGUGGAUCGUGUCUUAUAUUCAUCUGUCGUGUACCCCCACAACUAUGGCUUUGUACCUCGUACUCUUUGUGAGGACAAUGAUCCACUUGAUGUCUUGGUUAUCAUGCAGGAACCAAUCCUGCCUGGUUGUUUUCUUCGUGCAAAAGCAAUUGGUGUCAUGCCCAUGAUUGAUCAGGGAGAAAAAGAUGAUAAGAUAAUUGCAGUAUGUGCUGAUGAUCCUGAGUAUAGACACUACAAUGACAUCAAGGAGCUCCCGCCACAUCGCUUGGCGGAGAUCCGCCGCUUCUUUGAAGACUACAAGAAGAAUGAGAACAAGGAAGUUGCUGUCAAUGAAUUCUUGCCAGCUGCUGAAGCUAUUGAGGUGGUCAAACAUUCCAUGGACCUGUAUGCGGAUUACAUUGUGGAGAGCUUGAGGAGAUAAAGAGGAGGAUGUUUGGUCCAUAAUUCCAUAUAUAAGUGAAGAUGCUUUCAUAUAAUUUUUUGCAAAUUCUAUAUUUUGGUCUAGGCUGCACAUAUUCAUGUGCAGUGUAAGCUUAUCAUUGCUAUAUGAUGAUGACGAAAACACACACAAGUUUGAAGAAAACGAACUCUAUUGAUACAUAUAUUCUUUUUUUUUUCCGUCUGACAUUGCCACUGUAGAUCGAAAGAAGUUUUGUGCACUUUGAAACUUUUAUAGUACUAUUUCUUGUCUUCUU